AUGACUGAUUAUUACGAACCAACAUUUUUAUUUAGACAGAAUGCUAUUAAACGAUUCAGUCCUUCAUUAUCACCAAUAUCUAGUGUUGAAAGUUUAUCUUUAGUUGAUUCCAACUCCAUUAGCAACAACGGUACUACUACUACUACUACUACUACUACAUCAAGCAUAUAUCAAAAUGCUUCCAAUUCUUCAUGGUUACUAAAUCCUUAUAAUGUUAAAGAUACUGCAAUUUUGAAUCAAUCAUGUUGUUUAAAUCGUACUAAUGUUAAAUCCAAUUAUUGGAAAAUUCCUGAUGAAUCAAUGAAUUUAACAUCAAUGUCAAUUAAUAAAAAUCAAGGUGGGAAUCCUAUAUUAGCUAUAUCAUCAGGUAAAUCAGAAUCAAAUCUAUUUAUUUAUGAAUUGAAUUUAUUUAAUAAUCAUUUAAUUCAUCAUCAUACUAUUAGUUUACCUAAUAUACAUGCUAUGAAAUGGAUCAAUAAUACUCGAUAUUUGGUUACUGGUAAUAAUAAAGGGUAUGCUCAUUUAGUUUCAACCCCAAAAUUAGCCACUCAUGAUGUUUUCAAUACUAAUAGUAAUGGCGACUUCGAUUACAAUGAUGAUGAUGAGGAUGAUAACAAUUCAGCAGAAAUCUGUAAACGAUUCAAUCAUAGGAAACAUUUAAAACAAAAUCAAUUGGAAAAUACAAUUUCUACACCAAUAAAACAUUUAAAUUUUUUGAAUAAUCAUGAAAAUUUAUUAUCAAUAUAUAAUGAUUAUUUAUUUUAUUGGGAUAUUAAAGGUUGUCAUCAACAAACUAGACCUUCACCAAUUUCAAUUUCAACCGUUUCUGGUAUUAAAAAUUUUGAUGUCCCAGAAAAAAACCAUAGCAGUACUAAUACUAGUAGUGCCAAUACCGUCGCUAUUUGUGGAUUAUUUGGUGUUUCAUUAUUUGAUUUAAGAGAUUGUCAAUUCAAUAUUCCAAAUUAUAAUACUGCACAAAUCCAUGACAAGACUCAAUCAUCAUAUCGUAAAUUAUCGGCUAAUAUAGUUAAAUGGAAUCCUAUGAAUACAAACAUAUUAGCCGCAGGACAUGGUGAUGGAGUUAUUCGAUUAUGGGAUAUUAGAAAACAAGAUUCUUAUAUUGCUGAAUUGUAUGGUCAUAACAAUUACAGUAUUACUACUAGUAUGGAAUGGAAUAAUAAUGAUUUAUUUACUGGUAGUAAAGAUGGUAAUAUAAUUCAUUGGGAUUUAUCAAAUAUAUCCAAAGAUUCUCAAUGGGAAGAAAAUGAUAAUACCAAGUUACCAAUAUCUUGUGGAUUAAAAGAAGGUUUUAAUAGUAUUGAAUUUAAUGGUAAAGCAAAUAAAUUAGAAACUAAAUUGGAUCAAUAUCAAUGUGGAACUAUAUUACCUGCUUCUAAUUCAUCAAUUGUUGCCAUGUGUUCUACAACCACAACAACAAGUAGUAACGAUCAUGAUGAUGAAGAAAUCAAAAUAUUAUCAAUUGAUAGUUCUUCAUUUCUUGGUGUGCAUAAUAAAGUAUCAGAAUCUAUUAAUGUUAAUAUCAACACUAAUAAAUUAUAUUAUACUGAAGAAGAUAUUCAAUUAUUAUUACAAAGUCAACUUAAUAACAAUAAUAUUACUUCUAGUUCUGCUACUGGUUCAAAUGAUACUUUAAUUUCUUUUGGUAAUAAUGUAUCUCAAGAUAGUUUAGUGAAACCAUUAACCAUUUCAAGAAAACCAACCACCACCAUUAAGAAUAAUAAUAAUAAUACUACUACUAGACCAACUAAUACCCAUACCCAUAGUGCUUCUAUUGAUGAGAGUAUAGUGUCUGUGCAUAAUGUUUCUAAUGACACUUUGGUCAACAGUCCAACUAGAUUCAAUAUUUGUGAAAGUGAAGAUGAAUUUACAUUCAAUUAUGUCAAGAAUAACACCAAUAACGAAGAUCAACGUCAAAGUGAUAAUAGAAAUUCAUCUUUUUCAAGUGUUUCUUCACAACAAACUCAAUUAAACAAUUCAGUCGAAUCAUUAUCUACAGUUGUGACUGAUGUUGAAAAUGAAGUUAAUCAUCAGGAACAUAAAUAUAUGUCGUUAUUAUUACCAGUCAAAGAUACCUCCACUACCACCACCACCACCAAGGAUAACAACACAAAUUCAGAUCAAGCUGUUACUAAUACUCCUAUAAUUUCAAUCUAA